CUCGUCAUAGACAUACAGACACCUUCACCGGAUCCGCUGCUGCUGUGCCAAGGGGGCUGCCGUCGGCCACGCAUGCACCAGACCAUGGUGAGCGUGGGGGUGAUACCCACCAGAAGGUGCCGCCGGCGCUCCCACGGGCGUCUUCCCGCCGGCCUGUGUGGCUUGUGGUGGCAUUGGCAGCAGGCCGCCGCUGCCGUGGUCCUGCCAGCUGGCCGUGUAGGGUGACACGACAGGUGGAGGGGGGUAGGGGCCACCACCACCAGCCAUCAGGGCCGACGACGAUACGGGCGGGCUCGGGGCACCCGUGGGUGAGGGGAAGGGCCCGGUGGCGGCGCGCUUGGGCAGCUGCUGUGUCGGCAUGGGCGCUGCCGGUAUCGCUGAGGGAUGGUGAUGCGUCGGGGGCAUCACAGCACGGUGGUCAUGGGCACCAGACGCAGCCGCCAGGUGCGUCACCUGCUGCUGCUGGUGCUGCAGGUUGCCGGUCGUCGCCCAGUGGCCGCCUGACAGGUACAGCCCGCUGGAGGCGUCCCCCUGCCCCGCUGUGGCUGCGUGUGUGAGUGGGCUGUGGUGUGGCAUCGCCGCAUCGCCUCUGGUGUGUGGCAGCGGGGCGCCAGUGGGGAGGCUCUGCGACGACGAGGGGAGGAAUGGGGUCGGGCUCUGCUGUGCCAUGGACGCCGGAUGCGAUGCGGCGUAGUAGCUCUGCUGUUGCUGUUGGUGCUGUUGCUGGUGUGGGGGUGGGUGUCGGUCGUCAUGCUGCCAUGGGUUGGGCAUCGGCAGGGAGCCUGCGAUCGUGGCCCGAUGGAGGGUGGGGAGACCCAUGUGCCGCUGCUCGGGUAGGUCGAGAGCUGACGUCGUGACGCCCACGCUCCUGCUCACUGCGGCAGACGCCUCAGGCUGCAAGGGGCUGGCACCCUCCGGUGGGUAUGGAUAGGGCUGGCUGUAGAGGUGGCUGUGCGACGUGGUGGUGGUGGUGGUGGCGGCGUGUGCGACCCCACUCCCGCCGCUGCUGCCGGCUCCUGUCUCUGGCACGAUGACGCGGAUUUGCUUCUUGGCGAUCUCUGCCUGGUUCUCGCGGAUCUUGCCCAGCAGCAAGAUGUGGGCCGUGUGCACGCCCUCCACCGUGCCUAACGCACAAAACACACACGACAGACAGACAGACAGGCAAGAGACGGGGGCAGUGAGUGGACGGGAAACGGUGCAGCGACCGUAUAUGGUUUGUGGUUGCUGGCUCACCGCUGAUGGUCACUCGCCGGUUGAGAGAGCCUGAGAGCCACAACACAGCACCAUGCACGCAGGAGCGUGAACGAAGCGCAUGAAAGGUGGGACGCUGUCGUGCUCACCAGGUAUGAAGACGCCCUUCUGCGAGACUUGGAUCUUGGUGUCAGACACCUUCAUGAUUUCGGAUAUGUGGGCGCCUCCCUUGCCGAUCAUCGCCCCCACCAUCGAGUCAGCCACCGGCAGAUCGAUGUCACACUGACCGCUGAACACACCUACACACAUAUGGCCAGCCAACCAACAGACGAAGACGCAUUCAGUCAGAAGUCCACAGAUAUCCCUCUGUGGCGCACACAGUGGUGGCUGUACCUCUGAGAGUGUCAACAGCUUCUCCGUUGGUCCCGUCUGGCUCGGGUGCCCCGAGUUUCAUCAGCGCACCACUCAGCCGAGCACGUGCCAGUCCAGCCGACGAGCCGCAGCCGCUCUCUCCCGCACCACCACAGCCACCGCCGUCCGCCCCACCCACACCCACACCCACCUGGUCAGUCCCCAUGCCGCCGUGGGCAGCGGAGGAAGCGACCAGCCCGUAGCUCGAGGGCGACGCGUCUGCCCCACCCUUCUUGUAGUGCGUGUGUGUCUGGUAGGUCACCCAUGGCCCGUCGCUGUCGGUGACGCCGGUCGACUCGCUCGUGAGGAAUGGUGUGCCGGUGAAGGUCUUGCUGCCUUCGCUGUGGGACGACACCUGCGACCCCGACGUGACGAUGGGCGCCGCGGGGGGCGUGGCCGCCUUGGACGACGGCGGGAGGGGGUGGGACUGGGGUGCGUGGUGGCUGCCGCUGCUGCUGUGGUUGGUGUUGGGGGACUUCUGGUAAGAGAGUUGAAGGUGGUUUUGCAGGUUGGGGUCCGACUGGAUGUGUCGCACGACGAACUCCACCGCAGGCUUGAUGCACGAGAAGGCGCCCGUCACGUGCACUAUCCGCUCCAGCAGACCCUCCUCCCUGCAAUGGCAGCAGAUGCAGAAACACCCACACCACACGCACAUCUGUCGAUUCGACGUGACCACGUAUGAGGGCCUGGCAUGGGGUGCGUACCUGUUGGAGAUCUGUAUCUUGGUCUUGGUUUGUGACUGCAGCUGCUGUAUGGUGGCGCCGCCCUUGCCGAUGAGCCCGCUGACGGCCGACUUGGGCACGACGAUCUUGAGGGUGAAUUUGGGGUCGACAGCCAUGCCGAUGACGCCCCUGUCUGGGGCCAUGAUGGUGUGGGCGUCGUCACUGGCGUCGUGGUGGAUGAGCAUGUGCAUGGGGGAGCGAGGGUGGUGGGGCGGGUGUGUGUGUGUGUGGUGGGGCUGCAGGUUGGACUGGCUGCUCGACGUCGAUGUGGCGCUGUCGUUGCCGUCGGCCACGUGGAAGGAGCGGGACCGCUGGUGGAGGUGGGGGCGGUCGUCGCUCGAAGACUCGGCCUCGGUCUGAAUGGCCGACUCACGAAGCUUCUCCUGCACCACACACGCGGAGAGGGGGAGGGGGGUGGAAUGGGCGUUGGUUGGUGCACUGUCAGAGCGUCUUUUGGCGUAGGGGAGGUACCAACCAUUAUGUGUUUGAUUGCGCUGAGCACGUCGGUGAUUUGUCCGGUGAUGAGGACCACUCUGUCGGUGGUGUUGGGGAAGUAGUCGUUCGGGGGAGACAGGCGCAUCGUGCAACCGCUCAGCUUCUCUAUCUGACUUAUCACAUUCCCUGCAAGGCAACACACACACACACACACACACAAAGAAAAUGCCACAACCGUCCGGCUCCAUGUCUGUGUGAGUUUGUGCCCCAUUGACCGCUUCUGCCGAUGACGGCGCCUGCCACCAUGUUGUUGACGAGGAGCUUCGCAAAACACGGACCUCGCGUCUACCACACACACACACAGACAGAGCAGUGACGGCAGUGACAGCACGAAUCAGCCAUACAUCCCGUCUGUCUGUCUGUCUGUGUGUCCGCCUGGCUGUCUUGGUGUGUGAGCUGACCACGGAGCUUUUGUGUCCGUUGAGUUGGUGUCGUGGCGGGUUGUAUGCCGGCGGCAGCGAGACGACAGUGACCACAGGACCUCCGUCUCCCUUGAUGUCUGUCUCAGACGCGGGUGUGCCGGCGGGGAGGUGGCCGCCUCGGUGGGCCAUGUCAUACUCGUAUAUGUCCGCCGCACACGUCAUCAGAACCACCGCCACAACUCCUUCUGAGGUGUGUCAACGGACAACCCACCCCAAGGCCAGCCGCAAAAGAGAAGAGCGAGGAGGCAGUGCUGCAGGGCACGUUAUCGCGAACGAACAACGUCCAUGUCAGAAAAAUGCAAAGGGCUUUGAAGAGCUGACGACCGAGGCUGACCAAGCUGCCAAGUGGUGGGUGACGGCAGACGAGCACGGAGGAAGUGAAGUGGGUGUGCUCAGGUGUGCUCAGCAGAUCCAAGCCGAAAGAUCUGAC